CAUUAACUUUGAUAACAGUCGAAUAAAAAUGAGCGAAGAAUGUCAUCCUUUAGUUGCGAGCAAUAAAAAGUUACAGUGCAGUGAAAAUGGUGUGGAAAUUACGAAAAAAGGUCUCGGCCUUUUUUCCGCUACGGUUUUCGUGGCCGGCGAAAUGGCCGGCAGUGGGGUGCUAGCCUUACCUAAGGCUGUCGUCAAUUGCGGAUUUAUUGGGUUAAUUUUACUGCUGGUAUUUUGUGGAAAUGCGGCUUACGGUGGCAUAAAAUUGGGCCAUUGCUGGCAAAUCAUAGAAGAACGAUACCCAGAACACAGAAAAAGCACCAGAAACCCAUACGCGGUUAUAGCUGAUAAAGCUGUGGGAAAUUUCGGUAGUUACUUAGUGUCCCAUUGUAUAAGAAUAACUCUAUUCGGAGCUGGAACUGUCUACAUUCUACUGGCAGCACAAAUAUUUCAGGAACUCUUUGCCAAUGUUUUACCAGUAAUGAGUUCCUGCUCUUAUUUUUUAAUCAUUGCAACUCUACUUGUACCGCCCAUGUGGCUUGCAUCGCCCAAGGAGUUUCAUUACGUUGGCGUUGGAGCACUUUUUACCACCAUCAUUGCCUGCAUUUUAUUUUUUAUCCAAAUAAUUUUCGAUGGUACCCUCGAAAGCAACAAACCAAUCCAUAGAGUUCACGGUUUUAAGGAUUUCUUCCUGUCGUUUGGAACACUUUUGUUCGCAUUUGGUGGAGCUUCAACUUUUCCGACCAUCCAGAAUGACAUGAGGAACAAAAAACAGUUUUCUACUUGCGUUUUGGUCGCUUCUGGAGUUAUCCUGUUUCUAUAUCUUCCUUUGAGUGCUGCUGGAUAUUAUGUGUAUGGGGAAGCUGUACAAUACAAUAUUACAUUAUCUUUGACCAAAAGCGCGUAUGUUUACGUGGCUAACAUUCUAAUGGCUGUGCAUUUGAUAUUUGCCUUUUUGAUUGUGACAAACCCUGUAUCGCAAGAGUUAGAAGAAUCUUUCAAUGUACCAAAGGUUUUUGGCUGGAAGAGGUGUUUUUUGAGAACCAUGAUGAUGAUAGCAAUGAUGUUGAUAGGAGAAACAUUUCCACAAUUUGGAGUGAUACUUUCCUUAAUAGGGGGUUCUACUAUAACUCUAUUAACGUUUGUUUUCCCCCCAUUUUUUUACAUGAGACUGUGUGAUAUGGAAAGCCCCAAAUGGAGCAAAAGGAUUAUUCCUUUACACGAAAAAAUCUAUAUGUGGCAGUUGGUAGUCAUAGGACUUUUUGGUGGAUGCGCGUCCACAUACAGCUCUAUAAAUACAAUUUUCGGAAGUGAUUCUUUCACGAAACCUUGUUACUGGGUGCAGUAAUGUGAUAUCUGAUUUAUUUAUUUUCUUUAAAAUGUUGCCGCAUUUAUUCGGAGCAAUUGCGUUAUAAUAUAA